AUGCCGCACAUAGACCCUCAUGAGCAUGAUCUGGUCUCCUACGAGCCAACCGAGCCCUUCAACCCCUUCCAGGGGCUCAAACUGCCCAACAUCCUCCAACGCUGCUGGUCGGCCCCGGACUCCUGCACGCCAGAACAACGUCCGCUCCUCUUUUCCUCCUCUUCCACCUACUCCUACUCCAGCAUCACACCCACCCCGUCGCCCCCGUCCUCCCUCACGGAGAAGUACGGCACCUGCACGGAAAUCCUCCACUACGGCUCCUACAGCUCCGUCCGCCUAUACACCCGCAAACCCAAACCCGGCACCGGCACCAAUGGCACUCCCUCCCCGCGCCAGCUCCACGUCGUCAAGAUCUUCCGUCCCUCCUCCCGCCCCUCCAUCACCACCCACCACCGCUUCGAAUCCGUCCUCGCCGCCGCCCUCUCCCACUCCCACCCCAACAUCCUCCCCACCCUCGACGCCCUCCCCAACUCCCGCGGCGACCUCUGCCUCGUCACCCCCUACUGCGCCGCCGGCGACCUCCAGACCCUCCUCGCCCGCGACUCGCGCCCACUGCCCCUCCCCGAAGCAAACUGUCUCUUCAAGCAGGUCCUGCGUGCCCUCGCCUACCUGCACGCCCGCGCCAUCGCCCACCGCGACCUCACCCCGGAGAACAUCCUCCUCACUGCCCGCGGCGCCGUCAAGCUCACCGACUUCGGGAGUGCGCAGUGUCUCGACUCGGAGACCUAUGCUGUGUCAGCUCUUGCUGGUACUGGUGAUGAUGAUGACGAUGAUGAUGAUGAUGUGCCGCCGGGCGUGCGCGGGUAUGUGCCGCCGCGCAAGAUCCUGGGCGCGGUGCCGUAUCUGGCGCCGGAGGAGCUGUGCGGGGCGGGUGCGGACCCGCGCGCGGGCGAUGUGUGGGCGGCGGGCAUGGUGUACGUGGCGCUGCGGCGUCGGCGGGGGAUGUGGCGGCGGGCGAGCGAGGAGGAGGAUGCGCGGUUUCGGGAGUAUGUGGAUGGGAGGAAGGGGGAGGGGUUUGAGCCGGUGGAGGGGGUGGGGGAGGAACGGUGUCGGAAUGCUGUCUAUGCGAUGCUGGAUCCUAAUGCGGCGCGGCGCAUCACGGCGUCGCAGGUGCUUCGGUCCGAGUGGAUGCAUGGGGUGGGUGUGUGUGAUGCCGGGGAGACGGGAUGGUGA